AUGACUGCAAGGCGUUCUGUUGUAUCAGAAAAAGCAGCUUCACUCGGCGACGAUAUUCAGUCGUAUCAUCAUCAUUUGGUUUGGCUAGAUCAAAAUAUCGAAAAUUAUGGAAUUAAACAAAAUAGACUACCAUGGUUUGAGUUGGACGAUAAAUUGAAACUUUUCACCGAUACAGAAGAAUGUGCUGAUUAUAUACUAAGACAAGAUGAUAGAAAUGAGAAAUCUUACAUUAUAUUCAUUGUUUCUAAAUCACUUAGCGAAGAAAUUCUACCAGUCAUACAUGAUUGCAUUGGUAUUUUUACAAUUUUUAUAUUUUCUCCAAAUGUAAAAUAUUGUCAACAUUUAAAAUACACGAAAGUUCGAGCAGUAUGCACAGAAACAACUGAAUUAUUUGAUAGAAUUCGACAUUGCAUGGAGAGAGAUAACGUUACAAUUGGCUUUAGUUUAUUUAAUGAUCGAGACAAUGCUAAUACAGACACAUCCUCAUUAAAAUCCUCAUUAAAAGAUACACCCAAUGAACAAUAUCCGAUUCACUGCUUAAAAGAAGAUCAAGCACGUUUUCUAUGGUUUUAUAAGUGUAGCAGUUUUAUGAUUGACUUAAAAGACGAUGAUAUAAAUGCUAAAGAAGAAAUGAUUGCCUGUUGUCGUAACACAUGUAAAGAUAAACGAUUACUGAUACCAAUAGAUGAAUUUGCAAAUGAAUCAUUAGAAGAAAAUGCACAAAGAGCUGUUUGGUGGUAUACGAAUAAUUCUAUCAUAUAUCUAAGUAUUAAUGAAGCAUUAGUUUCCGGUAAUAUUUCAACGAUCUAUUCGUAUCGUUAUAUGAUUAAAUUACUGUGUCGACAAUUGAAAGAUUUACACCAAGAAUUUAAACUAUCAGUAUCCAAUAGAAUACUUCAUCUUUAUCGUGGCCAACGAUUAAAACUAUCCCAAAUUCUCUCGAUUUCCAGAUGUAUCAAUGGUAUUAUUUCACUCAAUAGUUUUGUAUCGACAACACAAGAUAGAGAUGUUGCAAAUAAAUUCAAUUUUGGUCGUAAAGAACAAAAUGAUGAACCUGUUUUAUUUGAAAUCGAUGUUGAUAUGAAUAAUGAAUACGGCAUUGUAUUUGCUGAUAUCAGAGAAUUUAGUCGGUAUAAAGAAGAAGAAGAAAUUCUCAUUUCGAUCGGAUCUGUAUUUCGUAUUGAAUCGGUCGAAUUUAUUGAAAAAAAUAAAUUAUAUGUUAUUCAUCUCUCAUUAAGUCGACAUGAUCAAUUAAGUGUUAAUAACUAUAUUGAGCAGUCAUAUGCAACAGAAAUCGAUUCAAAUGAGCAUUCAGUUCUUUUUGGAAAACUUCUUUUUGAUAUGGGAGAGUAUCAAUUUGCCAUAAAAUAUUGUGAAAAUCAAAUUGCUCGUAUAUCAAAUUCUAAUAAUAAUUGUCGGCCUACCUUCUUGAACAAUCUUGGUGUAUGCUACGAUGAAAUCGGUAACAGAAAUAAAGCGCUUAUCUAUUACAAAGCAGCACGUGAAAUGUAUAAAGCGGUGGGAAAUCAGCGUGGAUUAGGUGCAUGUUAUCAUAAUAUGGCGAGUUCUUAUUAUAACCAACAAAACUAUGAUGCUGCUCUUCUAUGGGCACUUCAAGCUUUGGAUGUACGAGAAAAAUAUCAACUAGAAAAAGCAUCAACUCUUGAUUUACUUGGUUGUAUUUAUUUAGCUCAACAUGAUUCAAGCGCAGCGGCUGAUAAACUUAAAGAGGCUUUGAAAAUACGUCUAAAAUGUUUAGGCCAAACUAAUUCAAAUCAUCCAGAUAUUGGAAUAAGUUAUUUCAAUUUAGGUAAACUUGAAUCAAAACUAUUAUCAUCAAUUGAAGCACAUACUAAUUAUUCACGUGCUGCAGAAAUCUUUCGAGUCAACUAUCCAAGCACACAUCCACUGAUUAAAGAAGUUACACAAUGUUUAGAAGAAAGCAAACGAUUAUGA